UCCCUCUUCUGGUCUCCUCGGACACUGCACUCAUGUGGCAUACACUCAUACUGACACACCUAAAAAGGCAUCCACAUUCUUUGGGUGGUGUAUGUGAUGUGAGCACAUUGGGAAGGCCCAAGGUCAACAUCAGGCCUUCUCCUCGCUUGUUGUGCACAGCUACAAAACAAAAGAACAAUGGCCAGAACCUGGAAGAGGACUUGGGGCAUUGUGAGCCAAAGACAGAUCCAUCCUCUGCAGACAAGACCCUCCUGGAAGAGAAGGUGAAGCUGGAAGAGCAGCUGAAGGAGACCAUGGAAAAAUACAAACGUGCUUUGGCAGAUACCGAGAAUCUACGGCAGAGAAGCCAGAAGCUGGUAGAAGAGGCCAAGUUAUAUGGCAUCCAGGGUUUCUGCAAGGACUUGCUGGAGGUUGCAGACAUCCUAGAGAAGGCAACCCAGAGUGUUCCAAAGGAGGAGGUCAGCAACAACAACCCUCACCUGAAGAGUCUUUAUGAAGGGCUCGUGAUGACUGAAGUCCAGAUUCAGAAGGUGUUCACAAAACACGGCUUGCUCAGGCUUGACCCCAUUGGGGCAAAGUUCGACCCUUAUGAACAUGAGGCCUUGUUCCACACCCCUGUGGAGGGGAAAGAACCAGGCACUGUGGCACUAGUUAGUAAGGUGGGCUACAAGCUGCAUGGACGCACCCUGAGGCCAGCUUUGGUGGGGGUGGUGAAGGACGCUUAGCUCUCUCCCUCAAGGCUCUGGACUUUGUAGGUCACUUGCUAGAACUCAAAGGGUGGGCGGGCUUGUAAUUUCUCAUCUGUGAACACAUCUGACCCUUGCCCAGCCUUGUUGGAAAUCUUAAGUAAGCUAAGCAGAACAUGAAGCUGCUUGCACACUGUGUCAGAGACUCUGGGAGUCUGGUCAUUGAGUUUAGCAUUACCUACUUCAGAAGAGGGCCAGCAGGGCCUCAGGAGUAGCAUGCUAACGUUGUAUCUGUUCCACCUUGUGAUUAAGUACUUUACACAAAUAAAAGGUCUUUGGCUACA